UGUAGGUAGUCGAGGGAGGAGGAAGAGGAGGAGCAGUUUCUUGUGUGUGCUGCUGUUCAAGUGAGAGCAGACCAUCUCAUUCUUGUGGACCACAAACAGGUCCGCACCAUCCCAGGCCAUCAGGUUAGACAGCUAUUUGCACAGAGAGGUGUUUUUCUGGAAAUACCAUUUUCUUCAAGGUCUUUCCCAAAAAGUAAAGAUGGAACGCAUGGAAGAUGAUAAGCCCAAGCAGAAGAAAAUCACCUUCUACUUGCUCUACUGCGUGUCCACUGCAGUCAUCGGCUCGCUGCAGUUUGGAUACAACACCGGGGUCAUCAAUGCACCUGAACAGAAACUGCGCAGGUUCUUCCAAAAUGUGUCCCUGGAGCGCUUCAACGAGCCCUUCAGCCCGGGAGCCACCACCAUGGUGUGGAGUUUUGCCGUGGCCAUCUUUAGCGUGGGCGGCAUGGUGGGCUCCUUCAGUGUGGGGGCCAUGGUCAACAAGUUUGGCAGGAGGAAGUCCAUGCUGCUGGCUAACAUCCUGGCCCUGCUGGGUGGGGGCCUGAUGGGACUGUCCAGCCUCAGUCGCUCUUUCGAGAUGGUCAUCAUAGGACGCUUGAUCAUCGGCGUCUUCUGCGGUCUGUGCACGGGACUGACGCCCAUGUAUGUGGGCGAGCUCGCCCCCACCGCCCUACGAGGAGCCUUCGGUACCCUUCACCAGCUGGGCGUGGUUAUUGGCAUCCUGGUGGCGCAGAUAUUUGGUCUGGAGUCUCUUCUGGGUUCUGAUACUUUGUGGCCCAUCCUCCUGGCCAUGACUGCUCUGCCUGCGAUCCUGCAGAGCAUCAUGCUGCCCUUCUGCCCCGAGAGCCCUCGAUACCUGAUCAUUGUCCUCAAAGAGGAAGAUGAAGCCAGGAAAGCGCUGGUGCGUCUGCGUGGCUGCGAGGAUGUGAGUGACGACAUCGACGAGAUGAAGGAGGAAGGGAUGCGGAUGGCCAUGGAGAAGAAAGUCACCAUCCUGGAGCUUUUCCGCUCUCACAACUACCGGCAGCCCAUCAUCAUUGCCAUCGUCCUGCAGCUCUCUCAGCAGUUUUCGGGCAUCAAUGCAGUCUUCUACUACUCCACGGGCAUCUUUGCUACAGCAGGUGUAACUCAACCCAUCUACGCCACCAUUGGAGCUGGAGUGGUCAACACUGUGUUCACUGUCGUGUCCCUCUUCCUGGUUGAAAAGGCAGGCCGAAGGACCUUACACCUCAUAGGACUGGGUGGAAUGGCGAUUUCUGCCUUGGUUAUGACCAUCUCCCUCUCUCUGGUGAAAACAAGCCCAUCUCUGAGCUACUUGGCCAUCGUGGGCGUCUUCGCCUUCGUUGCCAGUUUUGAGAUGGGUCCUGGUCCCAUCCCCUGGUUCAUCGUGGCCGAGCUUUUCUCCCAGGGGCCUCGACCCGCCGCCAUGGCCGUUUCUGGUUUUUCCAAUUGGACCGCCAACUUCUUGGUGGGCCUUGGAUUCCCUAAACUGGAGGAACUCUGUGGUCCUUACGUGUUCAUCAUCUUCAUGGUAUUUCUCAUCCUCUUCUUCAUCUUCACCUACCUGCGGGUGCCCGAGACCAAAGGAAGGACCUUUGACGACAUCGCUCAAGGAUUCGCCGCGAGCGGCGCCAAGUCCUCUAGCUCUCCCGUGCCGGAAGCGGUGGUUGUGGGCCUGCCCGGGAGCAAAGAACCUCCGCCCAUGUCCCCCUCGGAAAAGGUCCCCAUGGUGGCUCUUCCUGCGGAGAAGCCGUAAGAGAGCCAAGUCAUGUGAAGAGAGGGCGGUUAGAAAAGGUCAGUGUAAUAACAUCACAUGCAAGACUCUUGUAGUUUAAAACAAAUCACGUUAAACAGGGUAUUUUUUUUCCCACUUGGAAAUACCAAAAUAAUUAACUGAGGUCCUUGCAAGCCUGUUUAAACGGAAUUGCUAACCCUUAAAAGUUUGUUGACAUUCCUCACAUACUGCCUCCUUUUUUUAAGAGGAUCAACAUGUGUUCAGUGUUAAGACCCCCCGGCCAUCAGCGGCGUUAGAAGGUUGCUGGAUUUGAGCUUUUAGAUAUUGAGGUCAAGCUCAGAAAAGCCAGGCUGACCCCAAAAACACUGAUGGCAGGGAUUCUUCAACCAUCACCACCCCCACAGCCCCACACCCCCACUCCACUGAGAUGCACAGAGAAAUACUUACGAUAGACUUCAAAUAAAUACAUCAAAGCAAGGUCAUUUAUUGCAUCCUGUCGCACGGGAACCGUGUUGGGUGUGAAUAUAUUGUGAAUGUGUUGGACUUGGCUGCUAAAGAAGAAACACCAUCUGUGUGAAUGUCUACUCCCAAUAAGAAACUUGAUUGUGUGACAAUGAGGUGUAGUUUAAUCUCUUCACUUACUGUGCGUUUUGCAUUAAACCUGGUUGCUGUUUUUUUCCCAGUCAAAUAGAGCACCAAGAUCCACUGCAUUUUCUUGGUUUUACAUUUGCAAAUGUGCCUAUAUAUAUAUAUAUAUAUAUAUAUAUAUAUAUAUUUUUUUUUUAACAUAUCCUUUUCUCUGUUUUUGUGCUCAAGCCAAAGCAAUAAGAGUAUUGCCUUGGCGCUAUCUGGUGGCCUCUUAGAGCUUACUGUGCAGUAAACCCUUUACUUGUGGAUCCCUGUCUAACUAGCAUAAAUGAAAUGCUUUGCCGUCACCUUGUUGCAUAUAUAGGCUAUUAUAAAGGCAGGGCGUCAAUUACUCAGAGAUUUUUGCUUUUAGUGACAAGGCUCGGUGCCUAUCUCUUGCAAAAAGCGAAAACAGGGUUGUCAAACGAACGGCGCGCGGGUCAGAACCAGCCCAUCGGUGGGACUAAUCCGACCCGAGGGGAUUGAGAACACAUUUUUUCAGUAAAACUAACUGUUGUUGCUAAUUUUGUCCUCUGCAGGUCACACUGAUGAGCACUUAAAUGAUCACUUACCACUUAUAUGACAUUCUGAAAUUGGGGUGUGGCCCCUGAACUAAAAUGAGUUUGAGCUCAAAUCUGUAAGUAAUUGACUCCCUCCUUUUAUAAUUUCCUAUAGAUGCCACAAGAUGUCACCAAAGCACUACUUCUAUUUAUCAGAGCUGCAGCCUGACUAAAUGAAACUCAUGCCCUCACUUCAACAUAGUUCCUUGGCUACAGGAAUUACAGUGCAGUAUAAACCAUUUUGUGGUGUUAUCCAAUUUUCACUAUUCAUGAGUGAUCGGGACCGAGCCCUGCUCUGAAAAGUGAAAAAUCUACAACUGAUGCCUCCCUAAAAGGGGAUUAUAAUUGGCUACAGAUGACAUAAAAUCGCAGCAAAGUACUACUUUUCUAUUAAACAGGGCUACGGCCUGACUAAAUGAAGCUCCUGCGCUCACUUCAACAUAUUUUAUUGGUACCAAGAUGCCACAAGAUGGCAUCAAAGCAAUACUUUUCAAUUGGACAGGGCUUUGGCAAAGCAUAAAAACAGCGACUAGGUGAGUGGUGCGAAUGGCGACUAUGCAGGGGAACAGUGUACACUCGAGGCCUACUGAUUCAAUCAAUUGAGUGAUGUCACAGGUCAGUGAAGAGAUCCAUGAAAAACACUAGCAACUUGUAUUUAUGUCAAUGGUUUCAAUGCACAAAAAUGAGCAUUUAUUUGUUUUUAAUACUGCUGCAGUGUCAAUAACAACUUUAACAGUUGAACGGAACUUGCGCAGCGGGGUUACAUUUGCACUUUGCCGUGUCAGACUUUUAUGAUUACUGUCUAAAGCACUUGCUUAAUAUUAAUCCACUGGAAACGUUCUACCAAUUUAUGUGGUAUAUCGAAAUGCAACCUACCCUGCAAGAUCCUUUUGUUGGCUGACAUGUCAUUGUAUGUUUAAGUUCACUUAUAUUGGCCGUUCAUUGUUAUCUAGGGAUACCUAAUAUAUUGAUAAGCGUGUGCAUUUGUUCAAUGCUCUUAUCUUUCAUGCACUUCUGUCUUUGGACUGUUACUAUACUGCUCCUGAAUGCCACUAUAUUUGCCAGCCUUCAUUAUGUAUAUUUUGCUCUGUUUGAAUUUUUUUAUCGGUAAAAGAUAAGUGUCAAGUGGGUGUGAGACGCUUUGAAAUGAAUUUAAUUGAAUGGAAAUAAAUGUGUACAGCUGUUUACAGACUGUCUGACUUGAA